AUGUCCUGUUUCCUUUGCAACCAGCUAAAGGGACUGACUCCAUGGGAGGUUUUGUCGUGGCACCGCCCCACAGCAACUGGUAGCCUCUUUGCUGUGCUACUCAGCACUAUUUUAUUCUUUUGGUACAUGAAAUAUACCGUGGUAACUUUUCUCUGCCGCCUCUUGCAAGUCCUUUUUGCUGCUAUGCCGCUUAUGGGAUUCAUGAAAUGGGGAACUUAUACCAAUGAUGAUAUUCAAAUGAUGGUGGACCGUUUCGCCGAUUGCUUCGCACCCUACGCCGUUUUGGUGUUACAAAAGAUCUACGAUUUGGUCACAUGGAGGGACAGGAAGCAGUCUGGUGCAAUUGCUGCACUUACUGUUGUGUUGGCCAUUGUUGGGAACUACUUUUCUGAUAUGGCUGUUCUUGGUCUUAUCGUUACACUACUCUUCACUGCUCCUGUGGUGUAUGAGAAGAACAAGGAGGUUAUUGAUAAUGCAACUGCAGAUAUCAUGGCUAUGGCUGAGGAGCAUUUGGGUGCCCUCCGCACAAAAGUGGACCAGUUGACAAAGAAGAACAAUUAG